UUGAAAUGAAAACAUUUGAAUGUAUACUUCUUAAUUGGUACUCUAAAACGUUAACUUUUGGUAUUUCCGUGUGGACUUUUACUCAGGCUUACUUUCUGUGACAUAUCUUCCUCCAGAUGUUCAGGAAUGAUUUAUAUUAAUGCCCCGCAAAGCCAUAAAGGCGGAUAAGCCUGCCCUGCAAUUUAUCGAACGGCCUGUAGGAGGAAGCGAACUUCAACAUGCGCCUGAAGUCCGAGCUGCAGUCAACCCCAAGGGAUUUUUUCCGGAGUCACUAACACAUAACAGCUCAGAUCUUAAUUCGUGGGUAAACCCACAGUUUGACUGCUCAUCUGCAGCUGCACCUCCAAAGAGACGAGGGAGGAGAAACGGGCAGAAAACCUCAAGUUUACUUGACCGAUGUAGUCAGUUGUCCAGAAAAAACAACACACGCAAAUACCCCUCAUUGUCAUUUUGCAUUCGGUUAAAGGACCAGUCUCAGAAACAGUCAAGGACCACAACCACAACAAAAGGUGCAGUAUCAAAAGUCAAAAAUCAACCUCCUGCAUCCGUUUGCCACAGCAAAACGACUGCAAAUUCGGCUUACUCAGACAGUCCAGAAAGGCAGUUGGUCACAGCUGGAAAAAGGAAUGCUGAAGCACAUCCUGAUGGCACUGCCUCCCACAGUAGAAGUUUGGAUAAGCUUGGAAUUCAAUCUAAAGAAGUGACAAGUAGAUGCAGAAUUCCAGCAGAGGGAGCUUCAAUACCUACCUCCACCAAGUUGAUAACCACAGAAGUCAGCAGUGUUUGCCCACCACCUGAUGUGGACACUAUGGAAAGGAUGUGGGAAGAGGUAAACCGUUCCUCUUCUUCCCCUAGAUUUUUACUGUUUGCUCAGCCAUGUACAUCACCAUGCAGCGGCCCACCUGAAACCUUGGUGGCCGACACACCACAGAGGGACUAUGGGGUGAAGGUGACAUGGAGGAGGAGAAAAGGGCUGAUGUUGAUGUUAAAAGAAAGGGGACUCCUUUCUGACUCAGAUGUACUAAUUCAUUGAUAAUUUUUUUUGUCAUUUUUUUAAUACAUUCUGAUUUAUUGUAUAGAUUACUGUUGUAUAUUACUGUAAUAAAUCAAGAUAAAGCAUACUCUUAUUUUACAAACUGCAAAAUACACACAGCACUGAUUAAAUCUAUUAUCUACAUAUAACUAUGUUUACUUUCAGAUUUUACUGUCAAAUAUACUAAUAUUUUGCCCACUCCAAAUAUAACUCAUAAUACAUAAUUUUUUAAAGAACAUUUUUCUUUGGUGACUGUCAUAAAUCUUAUUCAACUGUUGCAGAACAGAAUAUAAAAUAAAGGGGUACAAGUGAAAGACACAGCUUUAUUUUCCAUUUUAGGCAAUGUAUCAUUAUUAAAUUAAUUAUGAUUUUAAUUAUAUAAAAUAUAUAUUUUAUUUAAGGCAUUGUUGAUUUAAAAUGCAUUAUAACGGCUAUUAAAUGUGCAACCUUGUGCAAAGCUACACUAUUAAAAUCGGUAUGAAAUAUACAAUUUUGAUACGAAUAAAAUUCUACUCAUUGUUUUCAAAAGUA